AUGGCGGAGUUGGUGGUCACCAUGGCGAUCGAGCCAUUGGUGUCCAAGCUGUUGGACAAGGCAUCCAGCAACCUCCUGGACCAGUACAAUGUGAUGGAGGGAAUGGAUGAGCAGCAGAAGACUCUCAAACGCAAGCUUCCGGCCAUCCUUGACGUCAUCGCCGACGCCGAGGAGCAGGCCACGGCACACAGAAAAGGUGCUAAAUUCUGGCUCCAGGAGCUCAAGACGGUGGCCUAUGAGGCGAAUGAAGUGUUCGAUGAAUUCAAGUACGAAGCAUUCCGCCGUGAAGCAAAGAAAAAGGGCCACUACAAAGAGCUUGGCUUCGAUGUGAUAAAACUCUCCCCUGCUCACAACCAUGUUGCAUCCCGUUACAAAAUGGGUCGCAAGCUUUGCCUGAUUCUACAAGCCAUUGAGGUCCUCAUAGCAGAGAUGCAGGUCUUUGGGUUCAAGUAUCAACCGCAGCCGCCGGUGUCCAAGGAGUGGAGGCAGACCGAUUAUAUUAUCACCGACCCGCAAGAAAUUGCCAGCAAAUCUAAAGACAAAGAUAAGGCGGAAAUUGUUGGUACACUACUUCGUCAAGCUAAUAAUGCAGAUCUCGCAGUGGUUGCCAUCGUUGGAAUGGGGGGCAUUGGUAAGACCAUAUUAGCACAACUCAUAUAUAAUGAACCUGGAAUUCAGAAGCAUUUCCAGUUGUUGUUGUGGGUAUGUAUACCUUUGGUGUGA